AUGCGUCUGUCUGCAGCGCACCGCUGGCUAGCAGCCUUGCUGCUGGCGCUCGUCCUCGCAGCAACGCCCAUCACGGCUCGAAGCCGUCAGAGUGGCCCGCUUCAACGCAUCGCGAGAACCAGCAACGUCCAGCUCGAGCAAAUCCCACCUUCGUUCACAUCGGCCAUUCGUUUACAGUCCAGAGCAUCGUCCGCGAAUCAACACCCUCUUCGCCUCAGCUUCCGCGCCUUCCAGCAGGACUUCCACCUUCACCUGCAGCCAAAUAACCAGCUCCUGCAUCCCGAUGGAGCGCUCGUCAAGUACUACGCCUACAACGAGACUACCGGCGAGAGCUACGUCCGCUCCACCCAGACUCUCUAUCCCGGCGACGUGGCCGCAUACCACGGCGUCGUCGUUCAUGCAUCCCAUACUCGUCGACGCCUGGAAGAGGACCGCGCCGGCUUCGCUCGUGACAUCUACCGCGACCGCGACUUCGGCGUUGUCGGUCGAGCCUCCAUCCUGCUCCAUGACGACGGCUCCGUGUCGGGACAGCCCGUCUUUGAAGGAAGCUUCGAUUGGUUCGGCAACGUACACCACGUCGACACGCCCCGGAGCUACCUGGCCAAGAGACAGGCCGACGAUCCCUCGCUUGAACCUCGCUCGCAGAACACCGCGUCCAUGGUCGUGCAUCGAGACUCGGACAUCUCUCUCGAGCCCAGAGACGAAGCGACGAGCACCACGACCUUUAGCAACUUUACCCAGUCCAUGGGCUGCUCCUCCGACGCGCUCUCGUUCAACAGCCACAACCGCCUCGUGCUGAGCGACGACACCAACGAUGCCACCAGCCGUUCCGUCUACUCGUUUUUCAAGAUGCCUGCUCCACCUCGUCUCGCUCGUCGAGACCUCUUUUCCGGCUGGAACGAUCUUUUCACCAGGUCACUACCAGACGACCUCAUCGAAUCGAGCCAGGCAUCUCCCGACGACUUUGUCUACCACGAGGACCUCGACGACUACCUCGAGCCCACCUUCCGCAAGAGGCAGGCGACGGGUAACGACAUCGGCAACGGCUCCAACCAGACCAACAGCUACGAAAACGUCAUUGGCUCCACCGCUGGCUGUCCCAACAGCGCCCGCGUCGUCUAUGCCGGCAUCGCUUCCGACUGUGCCUAUACGCAGAGAAGGGGUGACCAGGACGCCGCUCGUACCGAGAUCCUCAACAACAUGAACUCGGUCUCCAACCUGUACCGAUCCACCUUCAACAUCUCGAUCGGUGUCGUCGAACUCGACGUCCGCUCCGGCAACUGUCCCGCCACCGCCACGCAGGAUGCGCCAUGGAACAUCGGCUGCGGCACCAUCUCGAUCGACGAGCGCCUCAGCGACUUUUCGCAAUGGAGGACGCAGCAACCUGGCAACGGCAUCGGCCUCUGGCAUCUCAUGACCGCCUGCAACUCGGGCAGCGAGAUCGGCGUCGCCUGGCUCGGCACCGUUUGCAUGACCACCGGCUCGAGCAGCAGCGGUCAGACCGUCAGCGGCACCGGCGUCAGCUCCAUCACACAGCAGCAGUGGCAGGUCAUGGCGCACGAGAUGGGCCACAACUUUGGCGCUAUCCACGAUUGCACCAACGGCUGCACCAGCAACUCCAACUACGCCACCCAGCAGGGCGGUGCGCCUUGCUGCCCGCUCUCGGCAUCGAGCUGCAACGCCAACGCGCAGUACAUCAUGAACCCGUCGUCACGAGCCAACAUCCAGAGCUUCAGCCAGUGCUCGAUCGGAAACGUCUGCUCGCUGCUGGGACGGGGUCUCGACACCUCGUGCGUCCAGACGCCCGGCGCACGCAGCACUCUGAGCACGCAGCAGUGCGGCAACGGUAUUCUGGAGCCCGGCGAGGAGUGCGACGCCGGACCCAACGGCUCGCGAUGCUGCACGUCGGAGUGCAAGCUCGCCUCGAAUGCCCAGUGUGACCCUGCCUCGAGCCCAUGUUGCUCGGAUUCGUGCAGCUUCGCACCUUCGUCGCAGAUGUGCCGUCCUUCGGUGGACAGUCGAUGCGACACGGCCGAGUACUGCACUGGAUCUUCCGCCGAGUGUCCCGCCGACCAGACCAACGAAGAUGGCAGCUCGUGCGGCAACGGUCUCACGUGCGCCAACGGCUUCUGCACUUCGCGCGAUCUGCAGUGCCAGCAGGCAUCCACCGGCUCCAUCUCGUUCCGAUCCGCAUGCUCGGCGUCCAACGCCAACUCUUGCCAGCUGACGUGCCAGAGCCCCACCUCUCGCAACCAGUGCCUCAUCCUCCAGCAGCCCUUCAUCGACGGCACCAGCUGCGGCUACGGAGGACGUUGCGAAAACGGCGAGUGCAAGUCGGGCUCGUGGCAGACCACCUUCCGCAACCUGUACAAGGACAACCUCCGGAUCUCGAUUCCAGUCACCAUCAUCGUGGGCAUCAUUGUGCUGCUCAUUCUCUGGGCCAUUGUGCGCCGAUGCUGCUGCUCGUCGAGGCGACAGCGAGGCGUGGGCGGUGCCAAGGCCUCGAGAGCGUCCCGAGGGCCCAACAUGGGUUACGCCCCUGGCUCCGCCUACAAUCCCGUCGCCACCCCGCAAAGCACCGGAAGCGGCUCGAACGCCCCCAACGGCUUUGCGCCACCUCCCGGACCUCCACCGCCCGCUCGAGAGUCGUACCGUCCUUCCCGCCACUCGGCAUGGGUCGAUCCCGCAGCCUUCAACGGCCCGCCCCAGCCUCCACAGCGCUAG